GCUCAAAUCAUAAAACUUUUGCAAUAAGAUUUCUUGUAAAUGACCUUAAUCCCUUGAACCAAAUUCAAUACAUGCCUCGAUCAAAGAGCCUUAUUGAUAUAGUGGAUUUCGGUAAUUCAGGAAUUCAUAGCGUAGAGUUCCAGUUGGUCAUAGUCUGUUGGAUUAUGAAUAGCAUUAGUAAUGCACAAACGUAUCUCAAAGAAACGUGUGAUAAAACUCCUGUGAAAAUAUUUGGUAAUGUAGGUGAAUUUGACGGUUUAGUGUAUCAACGAGUCAUAGAUGGAAAGGAGCAUUAUAACGUUAAGGUUAAAGAAAAGGAAAACACAAAAGAGUUGGAAAAAGAGCACUCAUCCGAUAUACAAAUG